CACUGGCCGGUGCACGGGUUGGCUGGGAUGCUUUUCUCCUAUUUAUUGUUCAACUGACCUCUGGACAUUCCAGGAGGACGCUCCUCACCUGUGGAAUCGUCCUCAUUUGCACCCACCCUUCAGAGCCUUGUGACGCAGAGUUCUGGGGCUGCCUGGGGUCAGCCACAGCCUCACCUUGUCACCCCCCACCCCACACCCUGUCUCCGUAGACUGUGAGGACUGCACACGGGAGAGGAGUGCUCGUCUCGACUCCAGUGCCCAUUUCAGCACCUGGCUCACGCCCAUCUCACAGAGAGGAAACUGAGGCAGCCGCAGCUUCAUCUUCUCUCAGGCCCUGGGUAGGGCCUGGCCACACACCCUUCUCACCCUACAUUGGGACCCGGGGUCUGGAAGUGGAGCAGGAGCGAUGGCUGAGGCCAGUGUCUCCCCCCCAUGUCCCUCAGCAGAGGACAACAUGGCAGCCAAACAGCCUCCUCCGCUCAUGAAGAAGCACAGCCAGACGGACCUCGUGAGCCGCCUGAAGACCAGGAAGAUCCUGGGCGUGGGCGGGGAGGAUGAUGAUGGCGAAGUGCAUCGGUCAAAGAUCAGCCAGGUCUUGGGCAAUGAGAUCAAGUUUGCUGUUCGGGAGCCUCUGGGACUCAGGGUCUGGCAGUUUCUUUCUGCUAUGCUCUUCUCCAGUGUGGCCAUCAUGGCCCUCGCCCUCCCUGACCAGCUCUACGAUGCAGUUUUUGAUGGGGCUGAGGUCACCAGCAAGACUCCCAUCCGCCUCUACGGUGGUGCCCUCCUUAGCAUCUCUCUGAUCAUGUGGAAUGCGCUCUACACGGCCGAGAAGGUCAUCAUCCGGUGGACUCUGCUCACUGAGGCCUGCUACUUUGGGGUGCAGUCCUUGGUGGUCACUGCCACACUUGCUGAGACAGGCCUCAUGUCCCUGGGGACCCUGCUGCUCCUGGCCAGCCGCCUCCUCUUCGUCCUUGUCAGCAUCUACUACUAUUACCAAGUCGGCCGGAAACCCAAGAAAGUGUAGCUGCCUGGGACCUGCCAGGGCCUGGAGCUGGGCCACAAUGGCUGGGGACUUCACUGCCUGUGGGCCCCAGGCAGGUCUGCAGGCAGGCAGGCAGGGUGCAUCCACCUUCCUUCCCUGCCAGGCGCUCCCUGGAGUCAGCUUGCACCUUCUAGGCUUCUAGGAGUGACAAGUCAGGCUGGGGCCUCUGCACCCAACUCCUCGUCCCAUACAGGGACAAUCCCUUGCCCUGGCUUUCUUGACCUCUAGACUCUAAUAGACACAUAGUCUGGAGUGGAGUGCUGGAGUCUGGGCUGAGUCAGGGUUAGUUCCUCUGCCAGGAAGCCCUUUUCUCUCUAGGAGAUUAUAUCAGCCCCAGCAGCAGACCUCAGCUCCUCUCCAUCCAGAAACCUGAAAACUGGGUCUCCCUGUAUGAGUCCCUCACAUCCCAAACACACACAGACACACACAGGCACACAGGCACACAGGCACACACACACACACACACACACACACACACACACACACACACACACACGUUUCCAGGGCCCCUACUGUGGUCGGCUAUCAAAGGGAAUGGCUGCCUCCCUUGGGCCUAGGUCCCCGUCCUUGAUCUGCAUACCUGACCCUCUCUUUGGCCUGCUGUAGAGUGUUCUGAUACUCUGGCUGUCUGCACCCCAGAGCCCCAGAGUCCCUUCCGGACAGACCAGGGUUAGACAAUAUAACACAAGCCCUGACAGGGCCUGGCACCCCAGCCGGCCAUAGGCUCCUAGUGCGUGAGGAAUUCGGAAGGGGAGCAAGGCAGGGACUUUUCCUAGGCAUGGCCUCCAAGGCCUGCAUGGCUACACCUGACUCAGUGCCUCCUCAAGGUCCCCUCCAGAGGCUGUCCCAAGGCCUACAGCUCCUCCAACUCUACAGAAGUAAGGACACAGAAGUGGGUCUGCCCUUCCUCAGCACCCUGACAGUGGGCUGCUAGAGCUGAAGACACACCCCUGGAGCCACCAUCCCAUGUGGCCCCUCCCCUUGCUCCUAGCUCCUAGCCCUUUUCUUCCCUUCAGCAGCAAGCACACUGAGUAAGGGAGGUAGCCCGAGGCCUAUCUCUUUCCCUUCUGCAAGGGGGUGGUCCUCCCCCCACCCCACCCCCAGCCCCGGCCCCUGUGCCCGGGGAGCUUUUCUCUAGGGCACCUGGGUUCACAGCUUCCCUGAGCUUAUUCGGCCCUGCAGCCAAGUGCCCCACGGCAAUGGCCGAUGCCCAGCAGAGGAGACGCCGGGGAAGGUUUCAAUGGAAGACAUGCCCAGCGGAGGCCCAGGCUGCUUCCGCUAACCACGGUCUGGCAGAGUGGCG